UACCGCUUGUCAAACAAGUCAAGGUUACAUCUUCAUGCCUUAAUGGUGAUGUGGUUUUCAAUUUUCUUUCCUAGCAUUCAAACCAUGAAUGAACCCUUCUAUUCUAUUUUUCUCAAAUGCUGGAGGGCUACUUAUUAUUGCUUCAUAUGGUAUUCGGGACGCUGUAUCUUCCGACACGGCUGCCAAGUCUUGUCGGGGCUUACCAGCGGACCUUGCAGCAAAGCUGGUUGAUAAGGAAGCUUUGAGGUCAAGGGGGUUGAAGGAUGACACAACCUGCUUGGUUGUCGAUAUUAUUCCUUCGGACCAGCCUGUCCUACCUCCUACAACAAGGAAGAAGCAGAAUACCAUUACUUAUGUGACUGUGGUAGAUGGUUUGUAA